GUGUUCAUUUUUGGGAAGUGAUUCCCAAAAAAGAACACUUUGCUCUUGGACUUCUGGACUUCAGGAGUCCAUGGGAGUCCAGGAGGCCGCUAUUUCCCCCUUGGGUUAAGGACAGAUGUUGUAUACUUAAAAGUUUUUUUUUCCAUUUUUCAUGUUGUUGUGUUUCUUUCAAAUCAAGCAUUAAUCUCUUGAGCAAUCAAGAUCUUGGUAUCAGGUUAUGUGAAUUAAUCAAUUUUAGUAAAUGGAUUAGUUUUAAAUUACAUGUAGGAGAGAUAUUAAGUGUUUUCUUUUCUCCUCUAAAAUCUUGUCUUAUUCUUUUAAGAAAUGAUGUAAAAUGUGAUUUGGUUAGAUUAUCAAUUUUAAUGGAUUUUAUUGGGGCUUAAUUUACUUUAAAUAUAUUUAUCUUAUCCAGAACUUUUGGGAUUAUUAUCUUCAGUUAACUAGAUCGUUUAUAUUGACAUAGAUUUAAACUCAUUAUUUAUCAUGUUAUCAAUUAUUUUGUAUCUAAUCUUGAUAAAACAAGCCUAAAACCGACGAGUACUUUUGGUAUUCGAUAUCCCAAGCAAAAAUGAUCCAAUGUUUUGGAUGUGAGAUGUACGUGGAGCUGAAUCUAAAUAAAUAAGUCAAAAAAAUUGGGUCGUUUUUGCUUGGAAUAUUUGCUAUAGCAAAAAAAACUUCGUGUGCUCUACUGGAACUUUUUCUCUAUAGUAACCGUUUUAUCAGAGAAAAAACGAUGUUGGUUUUUUCAUUUCGUUGCUUCGAGUACCUUUUUACAGAUAGAUUAGAAGAUAUUUCAGUUCUUUAGAAGGCGCUAAUUGAAUUUGAAGUUAUGCUUAAUUUUAAAUAGUUUUCAUUUGUUAUUAGCUGAUGAAGAAGAAUUACCAGCAAAUGCUUCAGCUCAAAGUUUGGGUGUUCGUGCACAAAAAAAAUUACUAAGUAAAUUAUCAUCAAAAUCGGUUGCUAAAGUGUUUAUUGAUGAUACAAGUGGUCGAAUAUUAGAUAAUAUUCAUAAAAUAGCACGUAGUUAUACAAAUAGUAAAAAGGAUGCAGAUAAAUUAUUAAAAUAUAUCAUUAAAACAAUUGUUAAAUUGGGUAUUUUAUAUAAAAAUGAUUUAUUUACAAAUAAUGAAUUAAAAUUAAUCGAUGAUUUUCGUAAUCGUUUUCAUUCACUUUGUAAAGCUGUUGUUACAUUUUAUGAAGUUGAUUUUACAUUUGAUCGUUCAUUUUUGGUUCGUGUUCUAAAAGAAUGUCAAGAAUUAACACAUAAAAUUAUUGCAUCUCAUUUAACACAAAAAUCACAUGAACGAAUUGAUUAUGUAUUUAAUUUUUUUGGUAAUCUAGCCUUUUUAGAAUAUGCAUUUGAUCCAAAAUUAGAUAAAAAUCGUGCAAUGGUAGGACAAAUUGUUGCAGAUAUGAAUUUAUUAAUCAAUGAUGGAUUAUUAUAG